AUGGGUCAGUUAAGAUAUUUUCUUGGAAUAGAGGUGGCAAGGUCCAAGCAAGGCAUUGUUCUGUGCCAACGAAAGUAUGCACUGGAGGUUCUCGAAGAUGCAGGCUUUCUGGGUGCCAAGCCUUCCCAAUUCCCAGUUGAGCAGAACUUAGUAUUAACUCAAGAAGAUGGCGAUGUGUUAAAGGAUGCUUCCCAGUAUCGAAGAAUGGUUGGGAGACUCAUAUACCUUACAAUCACAAGACCAGACCUUGUCUACGCUAUGCAUAUCCUAAGUCAAUUUAUGGGUAAGCCUAGACAACCUCAUCUAGAUGCAGCGUACAAGGUUUUGAGAUAUGUUAAACAAACGCCAGGACAAGGAAUACUCUUGCCUUCCACAGGACAGUUGGAGCUCAAGGUGUAUUGUGAUGCAGACUAA